AUGAGGCUUCGUCCCCGCCGAUCGCGGAUGUCUUCACAUCGAGAACCAGGAAUGGCGGCUGACUGGAACACUAGAUUCACAAGAUUGACACGUGCUUCUGCGGCGCAAGUCUCAGGUUCUGUGGCAGUCUCUCAUUCGCCUGAGAAAAUUCUAAGGGAAACAACAAAGGUCCUUCGUCUGACUCUCAAGAUGCCCACUGGCAAAGGGCGCGAGCCUGUGGGCGGCCGUGCCGCUCGUCGCACAGUCAAUGUCUUCCAGGAGAAUCCUAUUGUGGAGGGCCCCCGAGCCAGCCGCAACAAGAGGAAGAUCGUAGAAGUUCCCACCUCCGAAGAAGAGGAUGAGGAUGACGACCUCGGAGAUCAAGAAGAGGAUGAAGUUGAUGAUGACGAGGAUGCCCCCGGUGAGGACGAUGAGGACGCUGACGCCGAUGGUGAUAUUGAUAUGGAUGAUAUGCCUCCGCAGCCGGCCGUGAAGCGUUCCCUGAAAGCUUCCACAAGUCGGGUCAAGGGUGCGAAGAGUGUCGAGGAGAAGGAGAUGGAGAUGGAAGAUGAUGACGAUGAUGACGAUGAGCUUGAUGAGGAUGAUGAUGAUGACGAGCCUCUAUCUGACACGGAUUUGGAUGCUGAAGGAGAGCCUGACGAUCUGGACGAAAGUGCAGUACCAGACGUCAAUGCCAACGGUCUCGAUGAAGAAGAUGAGGAGGACGAGCUCGAUGAUGACAUGGACAGUGAUGGAACGGGCACAAAUCUGGGAAAGACUACCAAGCGCCAGCGCGGCAAUCUGGGCAACGACUUCCUUCAAUUGCCUAUGGAGCCGCAAGUCAAGAAGCACCUCACGGCCGAAGAGCGAGCCAUGCGACGAGCUGAGAUGGCCCGUCGACGAAAGAACUUGAGCGAGAAGCGCAACGAGGAAGAAAAGAUGGACACCAUCAAUCGACUCCUAAACAAGCAACCGCCAAAGCGCCGCGGUCGACAAGCCGCGGGUGAUGGCACCGAUGCCACACCGGCUGACCAGGAACCCACCGAGCCUGCCAAGUGUGAUCCAACAAUGGUCCGUUGGACGAGCAACAAAGACGGAUGCCGCCUCUAUGUGCCCGAAGAAUGGCUGGGCACCCCGGCAGGUCGACUCUUUGGACCAUCCGUCUCUGGAAGUCAGAGUGGAAAACUGGUGGAGGAGAUCUGA